AUGAGUGAAUCAUCGUUCCACCUAAUAUCAGAAAAAUGUGACAUUCUCUCAAUUCUCCGGGACCAUCCUGAAAACAGGAUUUACCAGAGGAAGAUCCAGGAGCUCAGCAAAAGGUUCUCCGCCAUCCGCAAGACCAAGGGGGACGGGAACUGCUUCUACCGGGCUCUGGGCUACUCCUACCUGGAGUCGCUGCUGGGGAAGAGCAGAGAGGUCCUCAAGUUCAAAGAGCGUGUACUGCAGACCCCACAUGACCUCCUGGCUGCCGGCUUUGAGGAGCACAAGUUCCGAAACUUCUUCAAUGCUUUCUACAGCGUGGUGGAGCUGGUGGAGAAGGACGGCUCGGUGGCCAGCCUGCUGAAGGUGUUCAACGACCAGAGCGCCUCCGACGGGAUCGUGCAGUUCCUGCGCCUGCUCACCUCCGCCUUCAUCAGGACCCGCGCAGACUUCUUCCGGCACUUCGUCGACGAGGAGAUGGACAUCAAGGACUUCUGCACUCACGAAGUGGAGCCCAUGGCCAUGGAGUGUGACCACAUCCAGAUCACGGCCCUGUCCCAGGCGCUGAACAUCGCCCUGCAGGUGGAGUACGUGGACGAGAUGGACACGGCCCUGAACCACCACGUGUUCCCCGAGGCUGCCACCCCUUCCGUUUACCUGCUCUAUAAAACUUCCCACUACAACAUCCUCUAUGCAGCCGAUAAACGUGAUUAA